UUCCAAAUGGCGUUUUUGAAGUGGUUUUGUUUUACGAUUCUGCUAACAUACGUGCAAUCGGUACCGAUUGAGCAGCAAGAGGCAGUCGAGUACCGCUUACCAGAAGGUGUUAUUGAAGUUGAACGCUAUAAUCUCGAACUGACUCUCAAGGAGGAUGUUUUUGAUACCAAUGUGUUUAGUGGAACGCUGGAAAUUCAUUUAAAAGUUUUGCAAAGCACCAAUGAAAUUAAAUUGCACGCUAAUGGGAUAACCAUCAGCACGGUGACACUUACAAACCUUUUAGUACCUGUGGAAAUAGAAAAUGAAAGUUUUGAAAGUGACGAAGUGACUGAAAUUCUCACUAUUAGAACAAAGACAAGUCUUGGCACUGGUACUUAUGUUCUCGGGAUUAUCUACGAGGGGAAGCUAAGAACGGAUGAAAUGUACGGCUUUUACAAAAGCUCGUAUAAGAAACCAGAUGGUGGCCAAGUUUUCUUAGGUACGACGCAGUUCCAGCCAACUUCAGCUCGGAAAGCCUUCCCUUGCUUCGACGAGCCGAGCUAUAAGGCCGUAUUUGACAUCAAAAUAACACAUCCGACUGAAUACACAGCCAUUAGCAACACUGACGGUACCAGAGAGACUAACACAACAAACGUUGCUUACACAACUACUACUUUUAAACCAACUCCGAAAAUGUCCACCUACUUGGUAGCUUUUGUGGUUUCUGAUUACACGUGUGACGAAACAAUGAUUGACGACACUACGCACCAUUUGGUGUGUUCAAGGAGCGAAGCUGCGCCAAACCGAAAAAUUGCAAACGAAGCGGGACCAAAAUUAGUCAAAGUUAUGGAAGACUGGACUGGGAUCAAAUACAGCGAGUCUGGAAUGACAAAAAUGCACCAGUUGGCCAUUCCUGACUUUUCGGCUGGGGCUAUGGAAAACUGGGGACUCCUCACAUACAGGGAAACAGGGUUGUUAUGGGACGAAAAGGAAUCUUCAAACUCAUAUUUACAAAGCAUCAAAAAUGUUAUCGCCCACGAAAUAACCCAUAUGUGGUUUGGAAACCUUGUAACGACCCAUUGGUGGUCGGACACUUUCCUAAAUGAGGGUUUCGCGAGGUAUUUUCAAUACCAUGGAACCGCAGAAAUUGAGCCCAGUUGGGAGCUUGACAAACAAUUUGUGGUAACGCAAGUCCAGACUGUCUUAGCUAGCGAUUCUUCGCCAACAUCUCAUGCUGUUUCUUGGCCGGUUUCCUCGCCGGCCCAAGUGUCAAGUCGGUUCAAUUCAAUUUCGUACAACAAAGGUGGUAGCAUUUUGCGUAUGAUGGUACAUUUCAUGGGUGCUCAAAACUUUCAAACCGGGGUCCGUAAAUAUUUAAACGAUAACAAGUUUGGUAACACGAAACCAGAAAAUUUAUGGACGGCUUUGGAAACCACAGCUAAAGAUUUGCCACCUGGUACUACUUUGACUAAAGUUAUCGAAAAUUGGAUAAAUACACCCGGUUAUCCCGUGCUGGAAGUGAAAUCUGACGGUCUCAGUGUAACAAUAUCGCAAAAAAGAUUUUUAUCUUCGGGUGAACCAAACGUUAGCGAUAAGUGGUACGUUCCGGUUAGUUACACGACUUCAAGAGAUGCAAACAAAUUUGAAGAUACGUCUGCAAAAGCUUGGUUGCUUCCGACUGAAGACUUGGUUCUAACAAAUGUAUUGACUGAAGCGAACGAUUGGAUAAUUCUGAACAACCAACAAACAGGUUAUUACAGGAUCGAUUACGAUGGUACUCUCUGGGCGAAAAUUAAAACCGCCCUAUUCGCCACUGAUUUUAGUGGCAUUCAUGAGCUAAACCGGGCACAAAUAGUCGACGAUUAUUACAAUUUUGCAAAAAUUGGUACUCACUCCUAUUCGGACCUUUUGGAACUCCUUAAAUUUUUGAAAAAUGAUAUUUCCUACUAUCCAUGGUACUCGGCAUUUAGUGCCUUCUCUAGCAUGUUAGCAAGGACAACAAAUGAUAAAAUACGCGAGAGUUUAUCAGAAUACAUCUUGGAUCAAAUGACUACACUUUAUGCCUCAGUACCGUUCAAUGAGCCAAAAGACAGCGAUCAGAUAUACUCGCUCAAGCGGGCUUUGGCGGCCAAUUGGGCGUGCAGAUUGGGCCUUAAAGACUGCGUAGAUAAAGCAGUUGCGGCUUUCCAAACUUAUAAAAAUUCGCCAAAGAGACCGGACAAAAACUUGAAAUCUGUGAUUUAUUGCAACGGUUUGCGGCACAGUACUGAUCCAGAAUCCGACUGGAACUACGUCUGGACUGACUUCACAACCGUUAGACUAGCAACUGAACAAGCCACAAUUUUGUCGGCGCUUGGAUGUGCCAAAAAUGAAGCCGUACUUAACAAAUAUCUCGGUUAUUCAAUUGAUUCAGCGUCAGGGAUUCGGCAACAAGACGCCCUUUCGGUGUUUUCGUCAGUGUAUACAAGCAAUCCUGAGGGAGUGGACAUAGCGUUUGAUUUUCUGUUGAAAAACUACAGGAAAAUAUAUGAAUAUUACGGGAGCAUGAACUCGAUUAGUUCGCUCUUUAGUGGACUGGCUAACAGAUUUACGCGAAAAGAUCAAACGGACAAGUUGAGCACUUUCCUGGACUCUACUACCGAUUUGCCCGAAAGUGUGAGUUUAGCAGCACAGGCAGCCCUGACUAAUGCCUUGGCUAAUUUAGAACAGACCGAAAAUUUUGAAAAAGAAUUAAAAGAGUAUUUUGGAAUUGAAACUACAACUUCGUCAACUACUACAGAAUCCACGACUUCGUCUACUACAACUGAAUCCACGACUUCGUCGAUUACCACAGAAUCCACGACUUCAUCGACUACCACAGAAUCCACGACUUCGUCUACUACAACAAAGUCUACGACUUCGUCCACUACAACAAAAUCCACAACUCCUAGCGAUGGAAACAAUUCGGGAACGUCUCUAGCGACGGGGAUUUUGACCCUUACCACCGCAAUAUUCUGGCUGCGAUUUAUUUUUUACGAACAGUUUGGUGUCAGAUAUGAUGUCAGAGUUCAUGACGUUUUUCAAAUGAAGUUUUUAAAGUGGCUUUGGUUUACGAUUUUGAUCAUACCAACUGAUCAGAAGAAAACAGACAAGUAUCGUCUACCAGAAGAUUCCGUUAAAGUUGCCCACUACGACGUCAAACUAUUUCUCAAAAAUGAUAUUUUUGCAACCAAUGCAUUCACUGGAAUGGUCAAAAUACAGUUCGAAUCUUUGCAAAAUAGCACUGGAGUUAAACUACACGCCAAUGGGAUUAAUUUCACUAAGAUUGUCCUUUAUAACGCCUCAUUGCUCAUUGAGUUAGAAGAACAAAGUUUUAAAAGUGACCCCGUGACCGACAUUCUCACAAUUAGAACAAACACAAGUCUUGAAGAACAAACCAACUAUGUCCUAAAAAUGGAAUUUAAAGGAAAACUAAGAGUGAAAAAAACGGACGGCUUCCAUAAAACCUCGUACAUGACACCCAAUGGCAGUGAGGUUUUUCUAGCAGCGACUCAAUUCGAACCCAUUUCAGCUCGUAAAGCAUUCCCUUGCUUCGAUGAACCGAGCUAUAAAGCCACAUUUAAUAUCACAAUAAGACAUCCGACUAAAUAUAAGGCUGUUAGCAACACUGCCGGUACUUCCAAACUUGAUAAAACCGAUGGUUCUUACACAGUCACGACUUUUGAGCAAACUCCAGUGAUGUCCACUUAUUUGGUGGCUUUCGUAGUUUCUGAUUUCGCUUGUAACAAAGGCUUGAUUGACGAAAGUACCAGACAAUUUUUCUGCUCGAAACCAGAAGCGGGGUCGAAAUUUAUACAAGUUAUGGAGAAAUGGAGUAAAAUUAAGCGUACGUGCAAGUCCAAAAUAACAAAACUGGACCGCUCUCUACUUCCUCCAUUUGAUUUAAUGGAAAAUAGGGAACUUGUCGCAUUCAGAGAAAUGGAGUUGUUGUGGGCAAAAAAUAUGUUCGUACAAGUCGCCAAAAGUGAUAUUGUUUACGAAGUCAUUCGUAUGUGGUUUGGGAACAUUGUUACGACGCAUUGGUGGUCGGAUAUUUUCCUAAAUGAGGGCCUUGCCCUGUACUUUCAAUACCUUACAACGGGAAAUGUCAAAACUGGCUGGGAGGUUGACAAACAAUUUGUAGGAAUGGAGCUUCAAGCAGCUCUGGCUAUAGAUUCCUCUCCAACUGCUCAGGCCCUUUCUAAGCCGGUUUCCUCCCAGCAGCAAAUUCUUAGUCGAUUUAACGUAAUUUCGACCACCAAAGGUGCCAGUAUUUUUCACAUGAUGGCAUAUUUUAUGGGUACUGAGAAUUUUCAAGACGGAAUUCGAAAAUAUCUAAGCCACAACAAGUUUGGCAAUACCAAGCCUAAAGAUCUGUGGAUUGCUUUGAAUGCAACAGCCAAAGAUUUACCACAGGGUCGUACCCUGGAUCAAGUAAUGAAAAAUUGGAUAAUUAGACCCGGUUAUCCGACGGUAAUAGUGAAAUCUGAAGGGCUUAAGAUUAUAAUAUCACAGCAAAGAUUUUUAACUUCUGGUAAAGCAAGUCGUAAGGAUAAAUGGUACGUUCCAAUCAGUUACACGGUACCAAAUGAUACAAACAAGUUUGGAAAUGGUUCGGGAACAGCGUGGUUGCUUCCGACUAAGAAUUUGGUUCUUCCCAAUGUAAUGAGUGGAAAAAAUAAUUGCAUAGUACUAAAUAUUAACCAAACAGGUUAUUACAGAGUCUAUUAUGAUGGUAAUUUAUGGGAUAGAAUCAAAAUCGCCCUCACGACAGCUGGUUUUGGCGGCAUUAGUGAACUAAACCGCGCACAAAUAAUCGACGAUUAUUACAAUUUUGCAAAAAUCGGUGUACACCCAUAUUCGGAUUUUUUGAAACUUCUUGGAUAUUUAAAAAAUGAGACUUCGUACUAUCCGUGGUACUCUGCUCUAAAUGCCAUCGCCCGUAUGUUAUCACGGACCGAAAGUAAACGAAUUCGAAUAAGAUUCUCGCAACACAUCUUGAAUCUAAUGGAUACCUUUUAUCAUUCAGUACCGUACAAAAAAGCAAUCGUUAGCGAAAUGUACUCUCUGAAGCAGAAUUUGGCGACCCAUUGGGCUUGCAGAUUGGGACUUCAAGAGUGCGUAAAUAAUGCUGUUGCAGAUUUCAAAGCUUAUCAAAGCAAAAAAAAGAGGAAAAUUAAUAAGUACCUGAAAGCUGUGUUUUUUUGCACGGGCUUAAAGCUCAGUACUGAUCCAGAGAAUGACUUUAAUUACGUCUGGAAUGAAGUAAAAGCAGCGAAACAUCCAGAUGAACGAGCCACACUGGCGUUGGCUCUCGCAUGUGUUAGAAAGAAAACUGUGCUUAACAAAUAUCUCAAUCUAUCAAUUAAUCGUAAAUUGGAGAUUAAACACCAAGACGCCCUUUCAGUGCUCACCACAAUUUCGGCAAACAAUCGUCAAGGAAUAGACGUAGCUUUUGAUUUUCUGCUCAACCAUUACAAGGAAAUUAUUAAAUUACACGAUGGUAAAUACAUGGGUAAUUUAUUUAGUACUUUAGCAAACAAGUUUACGCGGAAAGAACAAACCGAUAAGUUGAGCACUUUCCUGGAGACAACGCCUGGUUUGCCCAAAAGUUUGCUAAUUUCGGCACGUGCAGGCCUCACUAAAGCGCUGUCUAACUUAAAAUGGACCCAACAUUUUGAAUCUGAGUUGGCAAAUUAUUUUGCCGAGAAGGACGUGAUAACAUACGACACUGACCCAACAUUUGCUCCAGAUAAAGACAAUUCAGGCACUACUCUAGCGAUGGGAAUCGUAACUCACGUAAUAACAUUAUUCUUGUUGCACCCAACCAUGAAUUUAAAAUUGGUAAUCGUUUUAAGUGCAGUGUCACUGAGCAGUGCUGUUCAAAUUAACCGGCUUAAUCAGUCUGUAGUGCCUCUUAAUUACAACAUCCAUCUAACGUUCAAUUCGAAUUUUUUUGAAACGAAUGUAUUUGAAGGAAGAGCAACAAUACAUAUCAAUGUUUCAAGUCCUAUUAACAAAAUCGAAAUACACGCAACUGAUUUAAAUCUAACUUCUUGUGAAAUAAUACAUGAAGCCAAUAUUACCUGCAAUUUUAACCAUAGCACCAAAAUUUUGCAAAUCAAUUUGUCAACUAAUCUCACCCAGAACGAACAUGAUUUGUCAAUAAAUUACACUGGAAAUGUCAAUUCUCAUGAUCUGCAAGGAUUGUAUAAAAGCAGUUACAAAAGUGGUAACCAGACCGAGUACUUUGUAGUUACCCACUUGCACCCAACGCAUGCCAGACGACUGUUCCCCUGUUUUGAUGAACCGGACUUGAAAGCAACUUUUGAUUUGACAAUCACUUACCCCAAAGGCUAUAACGUACUAUCAAACACUUCUCCUAAAAAAACCAGUACUGUUAGUAAUGGUACUUUGGAUCAAAUUGAGUUUGCAACCACACCAAAAAUGUCCACCUACUUGCUGGCUUUUAUCAUCUCAAAACUCACUUGUACCAAUUCGCUGUCUGGUGGAAUUUCAUACAACGUGUGCUCACGACCUGGUACUGAAUCACAAAGACAGUACGCACUGCUUAUAGCACCAAAAGCUGUACAACACAUGGAAAAAAUUACAGGAAUUGCGUACAAUUCUAGUAAUAUUGUAAAACUCGAUCUGGUGGCAGUACCAGAUUUGGGAGUCAAUGCUAUGGAAAACUGGGGUUUGGUCACUUUUAGGGAAACAGCCCUGCUUUGGGACACGUACCAACCCUCUAACUACAGGCAAAGGGUUGCAAGUACUGUGGUCCAUGAAAUCGCACACAUGUGGUUUGGGAAUUUAGUUACCAUGAAGUGGUGGUCAGACGCGUUCCUUAAUGAAGGUUUUGCCAGAUAUUUCCAGUACUUUGCGACCGCAGAAAUCGAGAAAAACUGGGAAUUGGACAAACAAUUUGUCGUUGAACAAGUGCACAGUGCUUUGAUGGCAGAUUCGGAAAAUGCAUCGGUACCGUUGUCUUCAGAAGUGACCACACUUGAGGCGAUAGCCGACAAAUUUAAUGUUAUUACGUACAAUAAAGGCGCCAGUGUUUUCCGAAUGGUGGAAAGUAUCAUCGGAACCACAAGUUUUACACUAGGGUUACGGGACUACUUGAAGGAAAACAUGUUUGGUAGUACCAUACCGAAUGAUUUGUGGAAUAGCUUAGAAAGACAUGCUAAUCUAUCAUACUCUCUUAGCCAGAGGGUCAUGAAUUGGACCACACAAGCCGGAUUUCCUCUCCUGGAGGUGGCAAAUAACAAAACAAGCAUAAUUAUUACACAAAAACGAUUUGGUGGCAAUUACACAACCAAGUGGUACGUCCCUGUUACUUACGCUACCUCGAGAAGUACCAACUCACUGAAGUGGUUGACUCCAGACAAAGAUUUGGUACUCAAUAUCUCACUUUCUAACAGUACGGACUGGAUAAUAAUAAAUAGUCUCCAAAAAGGUUUUUAUCGCGUUUAUUAUGACGAUGACUUAUGGAAAAGAAUAGAAGUAGCUCUUGGGAAAAAUAUUAACGCUAUUGAGACACUGAAUAGAGCGCAAAUUGUUGACGAUCUUUUCAGUUUAGCGGUAGCUGGUAAAAUUUCGUUCAUAACACUACUGAACAGGCUCUCUUUCCUCAAAUCUGAAACUGAGUACUAUCCCUGGUACUCCGCCUUUAGAGGUUUCGAAUCAAUCUUACACAAAAUAAACGACCAAGAAAUCAAGGAAAAAUUUACGAAUCACCUGCUUGACCUAAUGAUAACGUUGCACGAAUCGGUACCAAUGUUAACAGUUGAUAACAAAAAUCAAAUCUACGCUCUUAAGCAAUCGCUGGCGUUAGAAUGGGCUUGCAAUUUAGGUCAUUCUGAGUGUUUGCGAAAUGUGAAACAAAUGUUUGAAGCUUAUCGCAUUAGUGGCAUUAAGGUAAGGCCAAAUUUGAGAUUCACCACGUAUUGCACAACAUUAAAACGAGAAGCUGAUGAGAAAUUAGACGUAUGGAAGUUUCUUCGGAGCAAAUUAAGUGAAAAUAAUGACGCUAGUGAAACAGAAAUAAUUCUGAAAGCCCUGGGUUGUAGCAAAAAUGAAAAUGGACUGGACAAAUAUCUUGCUGAAGCAAUUGGUGUAAAUUCGACAAUACCUAGACAGUACUCUUCACUGGUUUUCAAUUCAGUUAUCAAUAACAGCCCAGUGGGUUUUAGCGUAACGUUAAGAUUCCUCGCUAAUAAUUAUCCAAAUAUAUCUUCCUACCACAAAAAUGAAACGAUCCAGUCUAUUGUGCACAGUUUGACGAGUCGGUUAACGAAGCAAACGCAAUUUGAUCAAUUACAUGACUUUGCCAAGAAGAAAAAUCUGACAAUUAACAUCGGAACGGCAACGGUUAAUAUGGACAUGUCAAGGAAAAUUGAAGCCGACCUGAAGCAAUACUUUUCUUCUGGUGGUAGAUCGAAUGGGGCCAUUUUCUCAUUUGUUGUGUUAUUUGCAAUGUUCUGUUUGAUGAACCAUUCAAUCAUUUCUGCUUUUAUCCUUAUUUCCAAACAUUGGAAAUUUUGGAAACAACUGAUAAGAUUAAACAAUGAUAUAAAUACAAGAGAACGCUUCUACCUCGUAACUGUAGUGUUUGGCAAAAUGUGGUUACAAGUGUUCGGUUUCGGAUUAUUGCUUGCGAGCAGUGGAGCUUUGCCCACCCAAGUCCACGAUGUUUCUAGAGCCAAAAUACAAAAAUAUGGCAGCGAAAAUCGCCUUCCGACAAACGUGGAACCCAAAAAUUAUGCUUUAAAUUUAAAUCUUGCCGAAGAUUUCGCCACAAGUAAAGUCUUCUCUGGCAGUGUUGAACUCAAAAUAGUGGUCACCAGUAGUGCUAAUAUAAAGUCGUUCAAACUCCAUGCGAAAAACCUGACUAUUGAUACUAAAUCAAUAAAGCUAUCUGAAAAUGAUGCCGAUAAUAUUUUUGACAAGCUGGAGGGACCAGACACAGAAACAGACUUUGUGACAAUCACUGCCAAGAGUGACUUGGUUAGUGGAACCACUUAUACCUUGAAAAUUGAAUAUACUGGAACACUGAGCGAUACUGAAAUGGCUGGGUUUUACCUAAGUACCUACAAGGACAAGGAUUCUGAUGAGGUUAAAUAUUUAGCCACAACACAGUUUGAAGACACAGGGGCUCGGAGGGUUUUCCCUUGCUUUGACGAACCUGCCUUGAAAGCGGAAUUUGAUAUAAGUAUUACGUACCCAAGCAAAUACACUGCACUAUCAAAUACGCCAAAUGUUUCAACAACUACUUUAGAUCCAAACGCGAAGUUAAAAACUACCAAGUUUAACACAACUCCAACCAUGUCAACUUAUUUGGUUGCGUUCGUCAUAUCAGAAUUUCAGUGCACGGACGUGAAAAAAGAAGACGAUUUUACGACCCAAGUGUGUUCCAGACCUGGAACCCAAGAUUUAGCAGCUCUUGCUAACGCAGUACCAGCUAAAAUCGUCCAAGUCAUGAUGGACUAUACUAAAGUUAAUGCUAUUAAGACGGGUCAGUUGGUACAAGUGGCGGUCCCAGAUAUGGCCCCAGGAGCCAUGGAAAAUUGGGGAUUGUUGAUUUACAGGGAAGCGUAUUUACUUUCUGAUGAUAAUGACUCGUCUGUUUACGAAAAACAACACACAGUCACGGUGGUAGCUCAUGAAAUAUCUCAUCAAUGGUUUGGAGAUCUCAUCACUCUAGAUUGGUGGAGCGACACUUUCCUAAACGAAGGUUUCGCCACAUAUUUCGAAUAUCAUGCUCCUGACGUUGAACAUACUGACUGGGAAUUGCAAAAACAAUUCGUAAUUGAACAACUCCAAACAGCUCUGGUCACAGAUUCGAAAAACACGUCCUUGCCGCUUUCGUGGGAUGUAGACGAUCCUGAUUUCAUGGCCAGCAGAUUUGAUGAUAUUUCGUACAACAAAGGUGGUAGCAUUUUGCGAAUGGUUCACCACUUCCAAAAAUUGGAUAACUUCAAGCAAGGACUCACCACUUAUAUUGCGAACGCGGGUCAAGUUGGCACACCAGACAUUCUCUGGAACUCCUUUAAUUUUUCCGAGGGACUAAACGUAUCAAUGCCCAAAAUAAUGCACAGUUGGACCAAAGAGCCAGGAUAUCCGCUCCUCACAGUCACAACUUCAGACAAAAGUGUUAAAAUAAGUCAGGAAGCAUUUACUCUAUCUGGAGAUGCCCCCAAAACUAAAUGGUACGUCCCCAUAACUUACGCUGGAUCAAACUCAAAAGAAUUCACUGACACGGAAACGAAAGCCUGGCUUUUGCCGGACGAGGAACUAACUUUGGACUCAGUUCUGGAAAAGAAUGACUGGAUUGUUCUAAACAAUCAGCAAGUUGGGUACUACCGCGUCGAUUACGAUGACAAUUUGUGGUCGAAAAUAAUGGCAAGUCUUGAGAAAGAUGUUGAAAGUAUUGACGAAAUCAGUCGAGCUCAGAUCGUGGAUGACUUACUAAAUAUGGCCCGAGCGGGCAAAAAAGACUACGGCAAAGUGUUGGGGCAAAUAAAAUUCCUGCAAAAUGAUACCUCGUACUACAGCUGGUACUCGGCUUUGGCCAAUUUUGACUAUCUUUUGCCCAAAGUUGACGAUAGUGUUUCGAAGGCGCUUAAUGAAUAUUUGUCCGAUUUGAUCAAGACUUUUGUUGAAUCGGUUCCAAUAGAUAAGAUGAACACUACCAACCACAUUAACACGCUUAAGCAAGUUUUGGCCCUGAAGUGGGCCUGCAGGUUGAAUUUGUCCGACUGUGUGACCAAGACCCAAAAAAUGUUUGAUGAUUACAAAGGGAAUGAAACCAACAAACCAGAUCCUAAUUUAAGAAGUGUUGUAUAUUGUACGGCCCUCAGUAAUUCGAAAAAUGCAUCGGAAGAUUUUAAUUUCCUUGACAAGCAGUACGACAGUGCUGAACUGGCAAGCGAGAAAGUGACAAUUUUGAAAAGCUUGGGUUGCGUCAAUGAUGCUAACACGCGAAAAGAUUACUUGAAAAAAGCCCUAACGGAUAAGGUCAGACGACAGGAUGCGAAAUAUGUUUUUUCUUCGGUUUAUUCAAUCGGGAACGAGGGUGUUGAUGACAUUUUGGACUUUAUUAAAGAAAAUCAAACCGAUUUUAAAAAUCGUUUCGGUUCUACGUCUACCCUGAGUUCUCUAAUCAGUGAACUCGCUGAUUUUAUUAAUACUGUAGAUCAAGUCCAAAAAUUGACGGAUUUCGUCGAUAGUGCGGCUGAGCCUGAAUACAAAACUGCAGCACAAGAUGCUGUUAAAAUUGGACAAGACAACAUAGAACAGAAUAACAAGCUAAAAGAACAAUUGAAGAAAUAUUUCAGUGAUGAUGAUGAUAACAAUGCCGGCGCGGCUGAGUUUGCAAAUGUUGCAUUGGUUCUAACGGGAUAUCUCCUGUUUAAUUUUGUCUAAAUUGAAUUUAAUAUAGUUUUUAUGUGUAAUAGUAGUUGAAAGAAGAAUUUUUUAUUAA